GAGGUGGCAUACGUGGCAGCGCACGGAGCGAGGAUCGUUUCAGCGCCAUCGCCAGUUUUAGAUCACACGAGUCGAAUGCUCGCCACCAACUGGACACCGACGACGACGACGACGGGCCGGAAGCGCACGAGUCAAUUCGUCAUGGCGGCGCCGGCCAAGAAGACCCGACUGGAGGCGGCGCCGCAGGUCAGCACCGACACUCGGCCGCCCGCGCUUCCGUCGGUGGUCGCGCACCCUGCGCCAAUGACCCACGACUGGUACGCCUUUCCGUAUGGCUAAUCUAGCUAUACGAUCUUAUCGUCCCUUCCUCGA